AUGACAUCUUACCUCGUAACAGGCGCCAGCAGGGGCAUCGGUCUUGCUAUGGUCGAGAAAUUGCUCCAGAAUCCGAGUAAUUUCGUGAUUGCUGCCGCGCGUCAUCCGAAUCGCUCAGAGGACCUCCAAAGUUUAAGGACUAAAUACGGGGACGAAAGACUUACAACCCUCAUCCUGGAUUACGCUGAUCCUGCUAGCACUACUGCUGCUGCUGAAAGAGCAUCCAUGCUGCUUCCCAAUGGACUUGAUUACCUGGUCAGCAACGCCGGGGUUGCACUGCAGAGUGGAGAGACAUUCGACACGAUUGAUCUAGAAGUUUUCGAAGAGGAGCUUCGCAUCAAUACCAUCGCUCCAGUGCGAGUAGUGAGGGCGUUCUUGCCCCUGGUCCGUAAGGGAAAGGGAAGGAAAGUGGUAUUCAUUACCUCAAGACUUGGAUCACUCGAGCUUGCUCCGAACUUCGGCGCGCUCUCGGUCACAUACUCAACUACUAAAGCGGCACUAAACUUUAUUGCCCGAAGAUGGGCCCCAGUAUUAAAGCAAGAAGGAAUUGCUACUGUCUUGAUUCAUCCUGGGUGGGUUGAAACAGACAUGGGCGAUGAACUCACCGACUGGAUGAAGGAUCACCUGCCCGAACGACGUAAAAUCUCGGUGGAUCAGUCCGCAACGGAUUGUCUGAAAGUCAUACAAGAUUCGAAGUGCGAGAAUGCAAUCAAGCUCUAUAGCCACGACGGUACCACGGUACCGCUGUAG